UAAACACACAAAGGGUACAGGGACCAAAAGUUGCUAACUCAACGUCAUUUGGUUUAAUGUUGGAGAGUUGUAUCAUUAGCAAUCAUAUUUGAUCGUCUUAUAUUUUUUUUUAUAAAGGCAUGAUCUUUAGUUUAGAAAAAAAAUGCUGUACUCAAUUACUUUAUUAGUCUUGGUCAUAUUGUCGUAUACAAAAGGAGAUCUUUUAAAAGAUGCUGUAAAUAAGAUUAGUAAAAAAGCUAAUGAAGAAUGUAAAAUACAAAUUGAAGAUCGACAGCUCGUUGGAUGUGAUAUUGAUUCAGUUAAUGAUACUGUUCCAUCUGGAGCUUUGUGUACCUACAUAAGUGAUGGUAGGAUCCAAUCUGAUAAUCCUGUAGAAACAUUUGUAUGUGAACAGGGAUAUUUCAUCUACUUACAUCACAAAAGUACAGGUACAGCAAAUGGACACGUGAUAUCGAAACGAUGGUUUGGGGUUGCUGCUGCUGCAUUUGUUGGAGGGGCUAUACUGUGUGCUGUAUUUUGUAGUGGAGGUGGAGGUGGAGGCAUACAGUAUGUUGUUAAUAAACCACCUACAAUUACAUGUCCAUCUGUAGAUGGUCCGUUCUAUCCGGACAAAGGAAUGGAUACUGUGGUUGUGACAUGGGACGUGCCUAUUGCAACUGACCCCGAAGGAAAACUCGAUAGAACUGAUUUGGAUGGAGCUCCACCCAAUUCAAAGUUUGCAGAUGGUAGUCAUACGAUUCUUUAUACUGCUAGAGAUGAUAUUGGAAACACUGCUACUUGUACCAUUAGAUUUCAGGUCAAAGUUAUAUAUUGUUAUUUCGGUGGUAGUUUGUAUGCAGAGCAUGGAAGAGCUAUAUGUCAUACACCUGCUUUGUAUGGAAACACAUGUGAAUUUGCUUGUAAUACGGGGUACCAGCUUGCAGUAUCUAGUCUAACAACAAAAACAUGUGAAAAAAGUGGGUCAAUUGGAGAAUGGCAACCUUUAAAUAAUUUUGUGUGCGAAAAAAAGAAGUGCAGCGAUCCACCUGAGUAUUGUAACGGACAGUUGCUAUGUUCUGAUGGAAACAAUUUCGAUUCUGUUUGUUACCCAACAUGCGCUGACGGAUAUUCCACAGAUAUGACAAAGAAUUUAAGAUGUGAUGGCGAUGAAUGGAUAGGUGUUGACAUUAUACAACCAUGUCUGGAUGUUCAGCCUCCCGAGUUUACGUUGUGUCCAGAGUCAGUUCAUGCAUUUUCUGAUGAAAAUGGUUUUGCAAUUGUUGAUUGGCCAAUACCAGAAGCAUUUGACAAUUCGAAAAAUGCAGACGAUUGCGGAGGUAGCACUGGAAUAACUGUAUCCCAAUUACUUGGAAAAGCUCCAAGAUCAAACUUUGAAAUAGGUUACCAUGACAUAACUUACACUGCAACAGACAAUAACAAUAAUGGUGGAUUGUGUAAAUUUACAGUAAUAGUUGAAGAGCUUUCUUGUAAUCCGCUUGUUGUUAAAGAUCAGUUUUUACUAGUUCAGUGUCCAAAUGGUUAUUCCCUAGGAUCAACAUGUGAAUUUGCCUGUUUUUUAAGCUACGAGCUAAGUGGCAGCAUGAAUGUAACAUGUCGAAAACAUCCAAAUUUUGAAAACAAAGCAUUUUGGGAUUGGCAAAAUGGGAACGAAUCUUACUGUGAAAAGUUGACAUGUCCUGAUUUACCACCACCCGCUGGAGGUGCUUUGGCAUGUUCCACGGCUCUGGGUAACGAAAUCUGUACAAUGUCAUGUUCUGAUAAAUACCAAGUAGCUAAAGGAACAUCUAUAUUAUAUGUUUGUAGUGAUGAGCAAUUCUGGCUGCAAGGAAUUCCUCCGAAUUGUACAGACAGAGUUCAUCCAGCGAAUGUAAUAUUGCCCGGUGAAUUAUUUUACUACUACUCAGGGGAUUGUUCUGACUCUACCGUUCAAGACAGUAUAAAGAAUAAUUUUGUAGACGUGAUGAAAAAUCUUGAGGGUACUGAUGGAUGGGAUAAUAUUUGUCCAGAUUACUGCACUGUGGAAGGGGUGACUGUUACAUGCGGUCCUUUGAAUGGUCGACGCCGACGGAGCAUUUUCACACGGUCAACAGAUAAAGAAAUUGUAGUUGAUUUUAAAGUUUCAUCACAAUGGGAGACCACCAAAACCCUAUGGCAAAAUGAAGACACACUAAACGCCUUGGGAAACUUAAUAAAACUUGAAGUGUCAAAUGGAGCAGUUGGCGUCAAUGGAACUACUACUGGAAGUAUGACAUUUGGUUGGAUAGAAUUCCCAUGUGAAAUUGGUCAAGAACCAGUUUAUGAAACUGAUGCUAGAUGUGUCGGUUGUCCCCCUGGCAAAUAUUUGCAAGACGGCAACUGUAUUGAUUGUGACAAAGGCUACUUUCAAGAGAAAGAAUAUCAAAUAAACUGCACAAAAUGCCCAACCGGAAAAUCUACAGCAGAUAAUGGGUCAAAAAGUGAAAAGAAUUGUAAAGAUAUGUGUCCUCCUGGAACUUAUUCUAGCACAGGUGUUGAACCAUGUUCACCUUGCGCUCUUGGACAAUACCAGUCUAUGUAUGAAUCUACAUCAUGUUUGUUGUGUGAUUCAUUAGAGUUUACUAAUUCAACAGGAUCUAAAAGUAAAGAGGAUUGUCAAGGGGUAGAUUUAACUUUCAUGGAUGAUGAAGCUUCAGUAAAGCUUGGAUCAUUACUUAGUAGUUUAGACAGCUUUAGUAUUGGACUAUUCAUGAAAUGUCCAAAUACAACCAACUCGACACUUCUGUUUUCGAUGGCGAAUUUUAAGUUUUCAGUUGGAACUGUAGCAGUCUUUACUGUAGCAGAACACUCUUUUCACCAUGAUGCGUCUAAUGAGGUAAAUUUAAGAAAAUGGUCACAUAUAACUUUAACAUGGGACAAAAACUUAAAGGAAGUUAAGAUGUAUGGGAAUAGUGCUAAAUUGACUUCUUUCGUGUUAGAUGCUGUAACACUCCAGGAAGCUGCUAUCCCAAUUGGAAGUUUUCUUGAAAUAAUGUCAACUAAGCCUGGGUGUGCGAUCAGUGGUCUAUUUCUAGUAGCAAGGGUGCUACCAGAAAACGAAAUUAGUGCGCUCAAAGAUUCAUGUGUAGCAUCAGUAUCAAAUUCUGUUUAUUCCAUGAAUGAUGUAUUUACCUCAGAUAGGACCGGAACUGAAUUAUCACCCUCAGGAUGUGAUGCAAUAGACGAAUGCGAAAGCAGUCCAUGCGGCAAUGGCAACGUGAGUAUAAAUAAGAAAAGUGGUUACGAGUGUCAAUGUUAUGGUGGCUACACAGGAAUAAUUUGUCAAAUUCCACCAGAUUUUUGUGCUUCAAAUGACUGCACUAAUGGUGCAUCAUGUCAAUCUCAUUUUACAAACUACUCUUGCCUAUGUCCAGCGGAUUUCACGGGAUUGUUGUGUGAAACAAAAAUAGUGCAUGGAAACUGGGGUUCUUGGAUUAAUUCAUCUGAUUGCUCGGUUUCUUGCGGCGGAGGAUCACGUACAAUGACUCGUUACUGUAAUGACCCUAGCCCUGGUGUGUAUGGUUUGGACUGUGUAGGAAGCAACACGUCACAGAGUAUAUGCAAUACUGAUGACUGUCCAGUAUGUCCACCGUAUUACACAGUCAUGGAGUACAAAAAUAGUUUCAACUGCUCUACAGAUGCUGAUCUAAUAUCAUGUGUUGUUAACUGUAAGGAUGGCUAUACCUUUGUAAAAGAUUAUUAUCCACUUGAUAAAUAUGAAUGUGGGCCUCAGACAGGUCACAAUUGGACAGCAAGACCUCCGCCGUGUGCUUCUGGAUACCGUCCAACAGGUAUAACUAGUACAACUGUUGCAACUUACAGUGUUAAUUGUGAUGACCAGACACAGAUGAUGUCCACGCUUUCUACAAAGCUAGAUGAACUUCAGUGUAUUCAAAAUCAAACAUGCUCUUUCAAAACAGAGGUAUCAGGAUGUCAAAAUAUUGGUAGAAAGAAACGAUCUUCAUCAUUUGAAGUGAUCAUUCAGUUAUACACAGAUUUUACACAAAUCGGGGACUUGAAUUUGCAGGAAUUCUUUGCUAAUAAUAUAGGUAAAUCAAUUGACACAACAUAA